AUGGAUGAACUCAACAACCGAGACUGGUGCCUCAACCUGUACGGCGCUGAGGCCCCGGUGUUCGAGGCCAUGUUGGAAGCUAAGGGGGCCCUUAUAGAAACUUUCAUCCGCACUGUAGUGGAGCAACUCAACAACCGAGACUGUUGUCUCAACCUGUACGGCGCUGAGGCCCCGGUGUUCGAGGCCAUGUUGGAGGCUAAGGGGGCCCUUAUAGAAACUUUCAUCCGCACUGUAGUGGAGCAACUCAACAACCGAGACUGUUGUCUCAACCUGUACGGCGCUGAGGCCCCGGUGUUCGAGGCCAUGUUGGAGGCUAAGGGGGCCCUUAUAGAAACUUUCAUCCGCACUGUAGUGGAGCAACUCAACAACCGAGACUGUUGUCUCAACCUGUACGGCGCUGAGGCCCCGGUGUUCGAGGCCAUGUUGGAGGCUAAGGGGGCCCUUAUAGAAACUUUCAUCCGCACUGUAGUGGAGCAACUCAACAACCGAGACUGUUUUCUCAACCUGUACGGCGCUGAGGCCCCGGUGUUCGAGGCCAUGUUGGAGGCUAAGGGGGCCCUUAUAGAAACUUUCAUCCGCACUGUAGUGGAGCAACUCAACAACCGAGACUGUUGUCUCAACCUGUACGGCGCUGAGGCCCCGGUGUUCGAGGCCAUGUUGGAGGCUAAGGGGGGCAUGCUGGCUGUAGAGUUUAAGCAGCCCUCAAAAUUCAUACUUACCAGGACGCGAACUGUUAAAGAAGAGAGCCUGCCUAAUAAUUUUGCUAAACUCAAAGUUAGUGACAAAAAUAACGAUAGCAAUAUCGAAUCAAACAAUAGCAACCAAGAUGUAAAUAUGAAUGAUGAUAGUAAAAAUGGUCCCCAUGAAAUAGAUACUUCGAAAGAAUUAAAUACCACUACUAUUGCUGCUAUUGAAAAUAUUGAUAGCUCUAAAUUUAACAGGAUUGCAAGAGACGAGGUUAAAGAUACAGCUAGCGCUAAAAUCGACGUCAACAUUAAAGAUAAUAUAAUAAAUAAGAAUUCUGCUGAAAGCGAUGGACCAGAUGAAAGUAAGAUAUUUAUUCAGGCAAUCCUGAAUGCCACAAAAGACGAAAUUAAAACCGAUAUUGACAUGGACGUUAAUAAUAAUGAAGAUGAUCAUUUGACUCAAAAAUCUUAUGAAAACGAUUUAAGAAGAACAAUUCUAGGGGCAAAUAGAGUGGAAAAUAAAAUUGUUGAUAAACAUAGUAAUAUAAAUAUUGAGAACGGUUAUUUAAAAGACAUGAAAGUAGAAUGCGAUAGUCGUGAUCUGAUUGAAUCCACCGAAACUAAAGAUAAAGAAAAUUAUAUUUUGAUGAAUAUUGAAGAAAUUAAGAAGGAAAAGACUGAUUUUGAAGCUGAUUAUCUUAAUAUAGCGGGACUAUCUGAUUUAGAUAAAGACAUACAGGGUUUAGAGAUGACUAUUUUAAGUGCAGAGUAUGAUGUUGCCUGUCAUGUGAAAAAAGAAAAUGAUUCUAAUGAUUAUACUAGUGAUUUAGAAAUGGCGAUUUCAGAAACUGAUCUGAGCUUUAUAAAGCAAGAAAUAAACGACGACUCUAAUAUAAGUGGUAAAAGAUCUCACAGUAAUUCAAUUUGCUCACAAGAACUAGACCCUAAAAAAAUUAAAAUUAACACAGAAAGUGAUGAAAAUGUAGUGAUAAUUAAACCAAAGAAUCCAGACGAGGUAUUGAUGGAAGAUAUUAUAAAAGAAGUACAAACAGUUAUGGCUAAAGAAGUAGAUAAAACCGGUGGGUUUCUACCGCUACUUAAAUGUCAUGGCGCUCAAAAUGGCGGCCUGAUGUACAGUUGCCAUGACGACGACGAUGUUGCCUGGAUAAAAAAAGUAAUCAGUGAUGCCAACUUAGAUUUAGAAAUGGUUAAUAUUAAAGAUUUUGGUUUAAGGAAGAGAAGUCGAGAGUUGUUUAUCAAAAUAAACAGUUACAUUCCGGUGGAUACAAAGAAAAUAUUUCGUAAAUUUGAAAUUUACAAUGUGGGGUUAGAUACUAAGUUUUGGAAGGUUUCUUACAAACAAACAUCUAGUACUUCUGUUAUGUUUAUAGUUACCGUAGACGAGAAAUCUUUCCAGUAUAUUUCAAAUGAAAAUUUCUCUCUGUACUGUGGUAUAGAUAAAGCUCAAUUUAGUAUUAUUUAUUAAAUCACCUCAAUGUACCUGAUUUAUGUAAGUUUAACACUACCUCACCAUAUUGUUAAGUAAAGAAUAUAUUUUAUUCUUAAAUAUUAAGUCUGUAUAUCUAAUAAAUAAAAUACUCCUACUAUAUUUGGGAGCAUAUACAAAAGAUUAAUAAUGACAAUACUUUGCAUUUAACUGUGACCCACAGCAGAGAGACAUUUAGUCUACCCUAAAAAAUUAUUGUAAUGUUAAUUGUAGGUGAGUAAUGCAGAUGAUCCCGGUAGGCAGGAUAUUUGAUUAGAUCCUACCGGAUUUCAGAUUAUUUUUGGUUAGAAGUUGUUAAGUCUUUUUGGCAUUUGAAUGUGUGCAUUAUAAUGCCAAAAAAGUAUGUAUACUUUGUAUACGUGACAUUUUCGUAGAUGUUUUCCAUGAAUGCUACUAUAUCUAAAUUAGAGUUUUUGAAAAUAUGUAUUCUAAAGCUCUCCACGUUUUUCGCAGCCAAUAAAAAAUAUUGGAACGGAUAUUGGAAUGGAUAAUAUGAAAAGCACCUAGUCUUUCUAAGUUUUUUAUUGGAUUUUAGGUUUAGUUAUAUUUUGGGCGAAAAGUCUGACUGACUGUUAUUUGUUGUUUUUUUAUUUAAGUUUAGAAUAUUUAACCUGUACGAUUGUCCAAAGCCUCCAUAAAAACCAGAUAAAAAAAAAAAAAAAAACCUGUAUGAUCAUUAUUGUGCCACAUGAACAAAUUCUAGUUAUUUUUUUGUUACCUUCCCUAAAUGUUAUACAUAUUAUAGUAUGCUUAACUUGUUCGCGUCUUUGCUGUAGACAUCGCAAAGUUAAGAGAAUCAAAAGCAAAUUUUUUGACUGCUCCCUCAAAGGCGGGAUGCAUUUCUUCAGUCGCUAUAUGCAGUAGUGAGAUGAGACUCACAUAAGAAUAACGUGAUAUAUACACGGUGGCUAAAAAAUAAGUGCAUUCCCGUUGCCAGGGAGGUUGUGAGAUUAUAUCAUUAUACCAAAUUAUACUGAGCAACUUUUAGGUACUAUGGGACCAACCCCAAAUUUGCAAAAAAAAUAUUUCGCUGUUUCAUACAUUUUGGCUGGUCCAUUUUCCAUAGGAGGGUAAAUUUUUUUUCGCGAUUUCGUGGUUGAUCCCAUAGUAAAAGUUGCUCUGUAUAAUCCCUAAACCUCCCUGGCAACGGAAAUGCACUUGUUUUUUAGCCACCCUGUGUAUACACACCCGAGUCGUUAACUUUAGUGGACAGAAGUGAAAAAACACAAAUGUAUACCAACAGUAUAAGCAAACGUUGUAGAUUGCUCGUGUAUAAAAAUGACUUCGAUACUAAGUAGAUUUUCUUAGGAAUUUACACUUGCUCGAAGAGAAAAUUAAAUUCGUUUUACAUUGAUUUUCUCUUUCUCAAAAGCAUGUAGGAAGAAUAUCAUUCGAUAUUCCUAAAUUACAGGAUAUUAGUAAUACAAAAUAUCCAACUUUAGCAGAGUAAACUUCUCAAAAUUUACAAAUAAGAGCUCACAAUUCAGUGCUUCACGCGGUUUUUCGUAAACGACCAUCAGAAAAAAGAUCAUUACUAAUUUAAUUAGUCCUUUUUCUAAAAUGUACAACGAUAUUCCUAAAGAGAAGAAGACGCUCUUACUGGAACAAGUACUCUUUGUUUCUAAUAAUGAGCGUAAAGUCUUAAAUGUUGUCGGGAAUAUCAUCAAUGUUACAUUAUUUCGACUUUUCUUGUAAGAACGCUCUUAAAUGUGUUUGACCCAAAUAUAAAAUACAGAUGUAAAAAAAUAGUGGGUAUCGUGUUCUGAUUAGUAAAAAGUAGAAGAAAACCGUGAAAUCAUUUAAUGUUAGUAUGUCUCACAACAGUUUAAAUUCGAUUAUUUAAUAGUAGAAGAAAAAAUGUUUUUUUCGCGAAAACAAUUUUUUUUUCUAUGGGGCAGCUCGUCCAAUUCAAAAUUUUUCUUCUACUUCUCCUUAAUCAAAGCACGACACCGAAUAUGCCCCAAAAUUGAUAAUAUAACAUUUUAUUCUUAGGCUGAUUGAUUAUCUGCAGUAGGUACUUUUUAUACACCAUUUUUAGGGUUACGUAUCUCAAAAGGAAAAAACGGAACCCUUAUAGGAUCACUCGUGCGUCUGUCUGUCUGUCCGUCUGUCACAGCCUAUUUUGUUCGAAACUACUGGACCAAUUAAGUUGAAAUUUGGUAUACAUAUGUAAGUUUGUGACCCAAAGACAGACAUGUAACGUAAAACAUGAAACAUGUAACGUGAAACGUGAAUUUUAAACAUGGGGGCCACUUUUGGGGGGUAAAUGAGAAAAUUAAAAAUAAAAAUUUUCAAAUUAUAUCGUGUCAAAUGAAAGAGCUCAUUGUGAGAUCUCAAAUAUAUUUUUUUAUGAUUUUAGAAUAACCAAUUUAGAAGUUAUUCAAGAAAAUAGGUAAAAAUUACCAUUCCCCCCCUUUAUCUCCGAAACUAAUGGGUCUAAAAUUUUGAAAAAAAUACACAAAAUAGAUCUUUACCUAUAGAUUACAGGAAAACCUAUUAGAAAUUGCAGUCAAGCGUGAGUCGGACUUAAUUACUUACUUUUUGAUCCGACCCCUACGGGUUUUUUAAACACAUUUCACUCACGUUUCACAUAAAAAAUACAUUGUUUAAAUUUUGUAAUGUACGGAACCCUUGGAACUUGCCUCCUAUUUCAUAAAAAAAUAUAUAUAGUGGCAUUUUAUUCAAAUUACACCUAUGUUUUUGACAUUUUAGAAAUUUAAAUAGCUUGAUAUCAACAUAAAUAGUGUCUGUUUAGUAAUUUUUAUUUCAUCAAUACCGUAAUACCACUACCCAAAUCCUACAAGCAGUGUUGUAUAGA